AUGGAGAAUCGAAAGGAAUUUGUGUGGUUCCCGGCGGAGGAAUCUGAGUGGGUCCUUUGCCAGAAGCUUAGCAGGACCCCUGAUGGAGGCGCCACCCUUCGGCUGGGCAAGAAGGAGUUCGUGGUAUCACCGGAAGAGCAGCGAUUGGUGCUGCCGCGACCGGGGCAAGUGGCACAAAACUAUGCUUCGCUGGAGAAGGAUGGGCUCGGCGCUGGUCAGGUCGAAGAUGCCCUGCGGAAUCAGUUUUGCAGUACGAACCCGUAUUCGAACAUCAACAUGGUGACCUUGUGCAUCAAUCCUUUCAGACCCUUGAAGAUUUUCGGCGAGACGUACGUCGAGAAGUACUCAGCUUUGGACCCUAACCUGCCGCCACACAUCUUCAACGCCUCUGCAAGUGCGUACAAGCGAAGUAUGGACAAGAAGGAACAUCAGGUCCUCUUGCUGCUGGGAGACGGAUGCACUGGAAAGUCGAUGGCACGCGAGCACGUGCUCAGCUUCUUCGACCAGAACGCUGGCGAUGGUGGUGGCGAAUUCAAGCAGAUGCUGGCUAUUCUGGCUCCCUUCAUCUCGGCCCAGUGUCGUUGUGGUCGGCAGAUUUGGCAAUCCACUCGAGCUAGCUUGGAGGUCGAGCUUGGGUUGGCUGCAGAUGGCUUCACAUGCCGCACGCUUGCCAGCGUGAAGAUGUUGGAGAUAGGUCGUCUUGCACGCAGCAUGGACGCCGGCUUCAAGACCUUCGAUGCUCUGUAUCUUGCAGCCAAGGACGAAAGGGCCAAGGAGUGGUUGGGCACCAGGGUGGAGUUCCGACUACUCGGGGAAGAGAUCGAGAUUGAAGAGUACGACGAGGAAGGCUUUGCACAGAAAAGCUGGAUCGAAGCUCUGGCUUCUUUCGAGAUCGAUGACGCCGUGGUAGUGCGAAUCCUGUGUGGCUUGAUCCUCCUUGCGGACCUGCGCUUCGACGGGUCCUCGGGACCCCUGCGUUGCGAACCUGAAGGAGGUCUGGAAGCUGCCGCCAAAGCCUUGGGGGUACACGCCGGGUCGCUUUGGACCUCCCUGGUAGAAGGCUCGGCCUCGCCCCAGGAUGCGGCCUUGUGUGCAGAUGCAGCUGUGGCGGAAGUCUACUGUCGGCUUGUGGAUUUGAUCCUUCAGCACUGCAACGAGCACUUUCCAGCCGAAGCUAAGGCGAUCACUCGGCGCAUCAAAGUCCUGGAGCUUCCCUCCGGCUCUGAUGCGCCCGGAACCCAUCGCCUUCUGACCCAGCUCUUGAACGAGGCUCGAUUCGCACGGAUGCUUCGCACCGCUCGCGGGUCGGAGGUCAGCGACGAACUCCGGGAUGAGUCCGAGCUGCAGGCAGCGGCUGCCAGAGCGGAGGCCUUGUGCCGGGGCUGCCUGGGAGCGCUGCAAAGCGGGACGCUGCGGAACUGGGCACAGGCGCAAGAGCUUUCCGAGAGCUUUGCCUUGGAAGGGGAUUUGGCCUCUAUAAGCGGUGCUUGUGGGCCUGUCGAACAUGCGCUCAGCAGCCUCGAGUCUGGCGCAGCUCUGGACACGGUGGAUCUCAUGGAAUUCCUCCACCUCCUCUCAACAUCCAGCUGUAAGUACCUUCGAGAUCUUGGCGAGAGACCUCGGGAAGCCCCGCACUUGGACGAAUCUGCAGAGGCUUCAGAGGCUCUGUUGGCCCACCUCGAGCCGCACCAGGAAUCAACGACCUGGCUGGUUUGCUGCCUUCGCCCAAACGAUGCUGGCCACCCCGACCGCGUGAACAGGAACGUGAUGCUCCGGCAAACUGAGCAGCUCCGCUUGGCUGACAUGGUUCAUCUGACAGACAAGAACAGCUGCUUCCUGUGGUCAUUGAAAGCAUUCCGUGAGAAGUACGCCGAGUUGGUGCCAGUGCUGGCGGACUCCACUCCGGACGAGGAGGUCUGCCGCAUCAUCGUGAAGUCUGCUGGAGGUGGCGAGGGAACGGUGGGUGCAGAGAACGUUUUCGGUGGCGAGAUCCUCGAACGUCUCUUAGAGCACAAGCUGCAGGAGAAGAUGGCUGGAGCCCAGCACCUGGAAGGCACCAAGUCGGAGAUGAAGCAGCUUAUGGAGGAGAAGCUCAGGAUGGAAACUUUGCAGCGAGAGCAGCAGCAGACCGAGCGCCUGAAGGAGCUCGAGUCGCUUCGUGGCCAACACCAAGACCAGCAGAACAAGCAGCAGCAGCUGAUGCAGAGUUUCAGCUGCAAUGGCAAAACUCGGCGCCCGUGUUGUGCAGUGCUCGUCCCCGGAAGUAAAGAGCUUACGGCCAGAAGAGCCGAUCAACGGUCUGGUGGAGGGUAUGUGCUGGCGUUUUGA